AUGGACGGGAGUUCGGUGUCGGAAGUUGCUCACACUAGUUUUCAAAGUGACCAUGAAGCAUUAUCUCCCGAGGCGAGUACGAGUAGAGCUGAAGUAGCACAUGCAGAUUAUCACGCUGCUCUCCAGGAAUUCGAAUCGUUGGCUCAAAAAUAUGAGAGUCAAGUAGGUGAUUUAACAGAAGGAGAGUUGAUUGCUUUUGAGGCUCAGCUAAUUCGAUUACUUUCCCGUGUUUUGAUUUCACGCCCACCUCCAUCUCGGUCGACUCCUCUUAAACCACGGCUCACGGACUGGCUGAAAGUUAUUGGUUUAUCUCCGACGAAUAUCAGGCACCUUGAAUUAUGUGGAGUUCAUGAUGUUCUAGCAAUGAUUCAAAAACCGCAGAAAGAGACUAAUCUCCUUGCCGAGCGAGGACGUUACUCUCCGGAAUCGAAGAGAAAAAUACUUCGUUCAUGCGACAUAGCAAACAGUUACUUGGAAGCACUAAAAGGACGUAGAGAAUCAUCAUUCACUGAUAAACAGUUAUCGUGGUCUGUUUAUUCCCCGAAGUCAUCAAAAGCAGGUGCUUGGAGAGAUACUAGCGCUGAAUCAGCGAGUCCCCCAAGUUCGCGUUUCUUACUAGCUCCAGUUGAAGGAUCCUCCAGGGGUGAUGAAGAUCGAGAAUCUCCGUAUUUUGAAAGUGAUCCAUGUACUGCAGGUUCUUUCCCAUGUACCCCGAAUGUAGUAAGUGGUCACAGCCGAACAGCUUCUGGGAGCGGAUCUUUAUCUGUGUUGUCCACACGAUCUACAUUAUCUCCCUCGUCUCCCUUGACGAGUUCAGCGCAUUCUGCCCCAACUUCAACAUCCGGAGGGCGAAUAGUUCAAUCUACAAGCAUGCAAUUGAAUAUGAAAUUGCCUAAACAGUCGAGAUUGGAGCAUGACAUUCCGCAUAAAUGGCAACGGUCGACUAAAUAUUUCUUACGUAGUGGUGGUGACGGAAUAUGUAGACUAUGCAAACGUUCGUUAGGUUUCGGGUUUCUCACCUCUUGGGAGAAAUGUCGUGCCUGCAAGUUAAAAGUACAUACCCAAUGUAAAAGUAAAAUUGGUGACACGUGUGGAUUAACUACUGAACAUAUCCGUUUAGUGUUCGAUCGUAUGGUUGAACAAAAUAUUGGCGAUAUGUGGAAUGAUCCACCAUCCGCCAGUAUUCCUUCUUCGAGAUCUUUCAAUGAGCCUGCAUUUCAAUAUCCUGAAAAUGCUGGUGUAGUAGAUAGUUCGUCUUCAACCAACAGCUCAGCUCCUAGUACUCCAGCUUUCCCUUUAAAUAUGGGAAUGAGUAGUCCAUAUGCUGUGUCUGGGCAAUCACGGACAAUUGAGCGGAAAUUCACUUUCCCUGACACCGUGCCUGAAGUUCCGGAUAUUGUCCUCCCGGAUACUACUUCUGAUCCUUUUCUUAAUUCUAUUUCUACCCAAUCCACUAGUAUUAUUGGAGAUGGUAGUGAAGGAACACUGGUUGCUGAUUCUACGGGUAGUGCUAAUACAGAUUUUGUAAAUAGUGAUGAGUCAGGAAGCAAAAGCGUUGAUAAUCGUCUUGAUCGAAAUCAAUGGCAAAAUUUGACAAUUAGAGGUGCUAAUACACAGGCCAGUUGGAAUGAAGUCACCAUUCCAAUCGGGAAAAUUGAAUUUAAAAGGAAUUGCUUAUUGGGCAAAGGACGUUUUGGAACUGUUCGACAUGGAUUCUAUUUCGGAGAUGUUGCUGUUAAAUAUUUGAACAUGGAUCAUGUAGAAGAGGGAAAGCGACUGGAACAGUUCAAAGCUGAUGUUGUUGCUCAUAAGAAUACGAGGCAUGAUAACAUCGUUUUGUUUUAUGGUUUUUGCCAGGAAAAUGAUCGUUACGGCAUUGUCACGAGCUUAUGUAAAGGUCGGACCUUAUAUCAGGCAAUUCACGAAUUCAAUGAGCGUCUCGAAAUAAGCGUCGUUCUUCAAUUAGCAACUCAAGUGUGUCAGGGUAUAUCAUAUUUACAUACCAAAAACAUAAUACAUAAAGAUCUGCGUUCUAAAAAUAUAUUCAUAGAAAGUAAAAAUAAAGUCGUCAUUACCGAUAGCGGUAUUUUUGACCCCAAGCGCCUUGCAUAUCCUAAGAGGAAUAAUUCUUUUCUGGUACCAAGCCACUGGUUGGCUUAUCUUGCUCCUGAGCUUAUUCGCUCUCUAAGUAGUGAUCUCGAUACUCUCCCCUUCUCCGAAAGCACUGAUGUGUACGCAUUUAGCACGAUAUGGUAUGAAUUACUUACUUACUCUUUUCCGUGGGCUUGGGAACAUCCUGAUACGAUUAUGUGGAUGGUCGGUAAUGGAAUGAAGGCUCCUAUGCAUAAUAUUAAAGCUAUUCGUGAAGUAAAGGAGUUAUUGAUGCGAUGUUGGAGCUAUUAUGGAAGCGACCGGCCUUCAUUUAGUGAAAUUCUUAAUGCACUCAUUAACUUACCUAGAAAGCGAUUAGAUCGGAGUCCUUCUUUUCCAGCUAUGCGUAGCUAUGAAUCAUUGUUUUGA